UCUUGUAACUGCAGGAGGAAGUUCAGCUCUGAGUCACUGAGGAAAGUUUUCAGAGUUCAGAGUCCAUGUUAAUGUGGACAGAGCAGCAGAGGAGACCAGAUUCAAAGGUCGGUGUUUCUGGUUCAUGUCUCUGAAUGACUGAAGUCCAGAAGAUGGAUGAUUGUGUGGAGGAAGAGGAGGAGAGACCAGAGUCUCCGGGAUCCAUCUGUCUCUCUAUGAAGAGUGACUGGUCCAAAGAUAGACCUCUAAACUUCAGUAAAGAACCUGGAACCUCAGACACAAAAGGUCGGUACCGCAGUCAGAGACCAGAUUCUCCAGGAUCCAGCUGUCUGUCUAUGAAGAGUGACUGGUCUAAAGAUCAACCUCCAGGUUUCAGUAAAGAACCUGGACCCUCAGACACACGAGGUCGGUACUGCAGUCAGAGACCAGAGUCUCCAGGAUCCAGCUGUCUGUCUAUGAAGAGUGACUGGUCUAAAGAUCAACCUCCAGGUUUCAGUAAAGAACCUGGACCCUCAGACACACGAAGAGGAGUGAAUUCUGCAGCUUCCAGGUGUCAGUCUGCGAAGAGUGACGUCUCCAAAGAUCUACCUGAAAACUUCAACAAUGAACCUGCUCCGAUGAAACGGAGCUCAGACCAGUCGACUUCACCGGAAUAUCUGGGAUCCAAAGCAAGCUCUCCACAAGCAGAUGCUGGUCUGCAGCAGGUCCUAGAUGAACAUAAGACCAGUCUGAGGAGCAGAUGUGAACAUGUGACUGAAGGAACUGAUGAACCAGGAAGUAGAACCCUCCUCAACAGGAUCUACACGGAGCUCUUCAUCACAGAGGGACUGAGUGAAGAGGUUGAUACCCAACAUGAGGUGAGGCAGCUGGAGACAGCUUCCAGGAGGAAGAGCCUCCAUGACGAUCCAAUCAGGUGCCAGGACAUCUUUAAAGCCUUACCUGGCCAAUGUGGAGCCAUCAGAGUGGUUCUGACCAACGGCGUCGCUGGCGCUGGGAAAACCUUCUCGGUUCAGAAGUUCUCUCUGGACUGGGCCGAGGGCUCGGAGAACCAAGACGUCACCGUGGUGAUUCUGCUCUCGUUCAGGGAGCUGCACCUGAUCGGAGAUGAGCAGCUCAGUCUUCUCAGGCUGAUCCGGGUUUUCCAUCCAUCGUUCCAGAAGCUCACAGCAGAGCAGCUGGCUGCCGGGAAACCGUUGUUCAUCUUUGACGGCCUGGAUGAAAGCAGACGUUCCCUGGACUUCUACAACGGUCCGGUGGUGUCUGACGUCACACAGAGCUCAUCGGUCAACGUGCUGCUGACCAACCUCAUCCAGGGGAACCUGCUUCCCUCAGCUCUCAUCUGGAUCACUUCCAGACCUGCAGCAGCCAAUCAGAUCCCUCACAAACACGUGGACAGGCUGACAGAAGUACGAGGCUUCACCGACGGCCAGAAGGAGGAAUACUUCAGGAGGAGGUUCAGGGAUGAAGAGCGGUCCAGCAGCAUCGUCUCCCACAUGAAGACAUCCAGAACCCUCCACAUCAUGUGUCAACUCCCGGUCUUCUGCUGGAUCACUGCUACAGUUCUGGACCACAUGUUGACCACAGAGCAGAGAGGAGAGCUGCCCAAGACCCUGACUGACAUGUUCUCCCACUUCCUGCUGGUCCAGACCAAGAGGAAGAGGAGCAAGUACCAGGAGGGACAUGAGACGAGUCCACAGGAGCUGACGGAGGCUGACAGGGACCUUCUCCUGAAGCUGGGGAGGCUGGCGUUUGAACAUCUGGAGAAAGGAAACAUCAUGUUCUACCAAGAAGACCUGGAGCAGUGUGGUCUUGAUGUCCCAGAGGCCUCGGUGUACUCAGGAGUUUGUACCCAGAUCUUCAGGAGAGAGUGUGAGGUCUUCCAGAAACCCGUCUACUGCUUUGUUCAUCUGAGCAUCCAGGAGUUCCUGGCUGCAGUCUACGUGCUCCACUGUUACUCCACCUGGAACACAGAUGUGCUGGAGAACUUCCUGGGAGGAAACUACAAAUACUAUUCUCUGGUUGACUUCCUGGGGAGAGUCAUGGAGAUAUCCCUGGAGAGUGAAAAUGGCCACCUGGACCUGUUUGUCCGUUUCCUUCAUGGUCUUUGUGUGGAGUCCAACCAGAGACUGUUAGGAGUUCUGCUGAAUCAGACGGAGAACCGUCCAGAAACCAUCCAGAGAGUCAUCAACAACCUGAAGAAGAUGAACACUGACAGAAUCUCUCCUGACAGAAGCAUCAACAUGUUCCAGUGUCUGGUGGAGAUGAACGACCUCUCAGUUCAUCAGCAGAUCCAAGAGUUCCUGAAGUCAGAGAACAGAUCAGAGCAGGAACUCUCUGAGAUCCAGUGUUCAGCUCUGGCCUACAUGCUGCUGAUGUCGGAGGAGGUUCUGGAUGAGUUGGACCUGGACAAGUACAAGACAACACCACCAUGGGGGGGUGGACAGAGACUGAUUCCAGCUGUGAGGAACUGCAGAAAGGCUCGAUUUGUUGAUUGUGGACUCUCAGAGACUCACUAUGAAGUUGUCGCGUCCGCUCUGAAGUCCAACCCCUCCCAUCUGACACAACUGGACCUGAGUGGGAACUACCUGCAGGAUUCAGGAGUGAAGGUUCUGUCUGGUGGACUGGAGAGUCCAAACUGUAGACUGGAGACUCUGAGGAUGGUGGACUGCAUUUUGUCAGAGAUCAGCUGUUCUUCUCUGGUCUCAGCUCUGAAGUCCAACCCCUCCCAUCUGAAACAUCUGGACCUGAGUGAGAACAACCUGCAGGAUUCAGGAGUGAAACAUCUGAGUGGAUUUCUGGAGAGUCCAGACUGCAGACUGGAGACUCUGGGGUUGGAGAAAUGCAGUCUGUCAGGAAUCAGCUGUUCUUCUCUGGUCUCAGCUCUGAAGUCCAACCCCUCCCAUCUGAAACUUCUGGACCUGAGCUGGAACGGCCUGCAGGCUGCAGAUAUGAAGCAGCUUUCUGAUCUGGUGGACAGUCCAGACUACAAGCUGCAGACUCUCAGGUGGAGAGAUGAUGAGAGUGUCCAGGACGGAUGAGUCGUGUCCUGAUCGUCCUCAGAGUUGAAGCAGAACCAGUUUGUGUGGACAGACUCUGACUGGACCGUGAUGAUAAAGAUGUACAUAGUUUCUGAAUUCCAUAGUUUUACGAACUUCUCAUAUGUUCAUUUAUUUCAUGUUAAGUCAAAAAGUCUUGUUAUUAUAUUAUUGUUUUAAAAAACAGUAUAUCAAAUUGUAGCCUUUAAUUUGAGCUUAAGUUUUGUUCGACAUUGUUCUUCAAGCACUUUGUCUAAAGUCUGGAUGAGUUCUAGUUUUGAGGUUUCUACUACCAAUGUACUGAUGGAUAAAUGUCUGCACUGCCGCAGCGGAGCUGCUCAGCACAGCAGCCGUCUCCCCCACUGAGUCACUUGACUCCCCCGGUGUUUUCUUUUUAAUUAAAUGUUUCCGUUUCAUUCCAAGUUUUCCUUUUGUUUUUGUUGUUGUCGUGUUUUCAGCUUCAUCAGGUUUUUAAAGUUCCUCUCCACGUCACUGAUGAAGAGAGAAAGUGA